AUGAAGGAUGAGCUUAUGGAGUACUUUGGAGUAUUCCAGCGGCUUGUCUGCCCAGUGCCUGUGCAAACGACGAAAAAGGAGAUUGAGGCUUUCCUUUCCGACGCACGAAAGAACUCCCAACUCUAUCCAACUACUUUGGCAUUACUUUUCGGAUUCAUCGCGCUUGGCGCACAGCAUUCAGUCUGGGACAAAAGUGGAGGACGAUGGAACGCUGACGCCAUCGAAAUCGAGACUCAGAAGGGUAACGUCUACAUUGCAGCAGCGAUGCAAGCUUUACGCCUGAUGCUGGAUUCGUUCGCGUUGUUCGGUACUACGAUUCGCCUUGCCCACUCGAUUGGCCUUCAUCGUCACCCGAAGUAUCUAAAUCCUGCCCCUACGAAUGAGAAGGACUGCGUUAUACGGCAGAAGGUCUGGUGGCACAUGCUCCACCUGGAUGAACAAAUGUCUAUGACCCUUGGGAGACCUCUAGGAAUAAGCGGCAUCGGGGACAAUCCCUGGCCGACCGAGUUGACGACUGACCCGGUCUCGUUACGAUUCGGCGAAUUCGUUAACCACUUCACGAUACUGGCCAGACAGAUAAUGAGUAGCAACCGCUUGACAAAUGCCAGGAUUGACGAGUACACCGACAUACUCCGAAGAUUGUUGGAUACUAUACCUGAAACGCUUCAAUUUCGUGACACGUGGAUGCUCCCUGAGACGACUCUGCCGGAUUUAUAUGCCGUAGCCACUGUAUACUUUUCCAAUGCUCAUACUUACAUCGUCCUUCUGAACCAGCAGAAAACCGAGAAGCAUGCCACUUCUGCCACAAUCUCAACUGGCAAGGAUGACGUAUUACCAUUCCAGGCUGUCCACCACGCGUCCUCCUUGGACUUUUCACACGAGACAUACUCAACACAAGCUGCACCUCGCGGAAGGACGCUGGUACUUGCUUCAUCGGAAGCUCUGAUUUCUGCCUUCAUGUUCUUCCAUUACAGAGACCCAGCUGCGCUAAUCGAUUGGGCGACCGCACAACAGGCCUUCAAUGGAUGCAUGAUCCUUCUCUUGGAUGCAUUAGAAUGCCGAACCGUUACCACUGGUGCAUUCAAAGCGGAACAAGCCUUUGUUGUCUUCAAGAACCUGUACGAGAACAGUGUCCACGAGCUUGCAGGGUUGGCUGUAGAGAAGCUGAGUCUUUGCUUGCAAGAGUUGCACAGGCUAGUAACACUGCCGUCCGACGUCCAAUCGCGUGGACAGAGGCAUACGGCUAUGCAAGGGCCGCAGCACAACGAAGCAACACGAGCUUCGGUUGUGACUGACACAGUGAUGGGCCAAACUGGCAUGUUUCUACUCGAGGACAUGAGCCAGCAAACUGCCGCGAACGAAGUCUUUUCCCCGAUGGCUUGGAACAAUCCCGAUAUUGCCACCCAAGCCGAAGAACAUCGUCAUGCAGGUUUACAUCGCGGAGGCACAUAUAAGAAAGUAGCAACAUCACCCAAGGAUCAUGUCGCCAACGCUCGAUACACAGACGGCAUGCAGGGCUUGCGCAGAUCGAACACGUUGCGAUCAGCGUCCACACGAUACGCGACUCUGUCUGAGGACGAUCACAUGCAGCCACAUGGUUACACUGCUCCAACCUCGCCUGCAGACUUUUCAGCGCUGCAUGAUCAUCAGCUGAAGAACACGAUAGAUCAUCGUGGGUGGCAAAAGUCCCGAGGAGAUGAGAGUAGCCGUCCGCUUCACUUAUAUACCCACUUCCAGAAACUCGCAGCAUCAGGAGACCCGCAGCAAGAUAUGGUUUGGCAUCAUGAUUGGAGUUAUGAUGUAUCGGGUGAAAUUCAGGAGCGCAGGUCCCAAUCCUCCGCAUGGCCACAAAGGCAUAACUCAUGUCCCGCCGUACCUCCAGUCAGUGCUCAUCCGCCGAUUCUCAGACCGGCUUUCUCCUCACCGGAUGACAUCGACCGGCCUACCAUGGAGCGAAGAUCACUAAACACGCCCAUCACCUCAGCCGAGCACACAUCUUUCAACGUAUCAGAGAGCUUCUCCCGGGUUGUAGAGACGAACCCGCGCGCCCCCUUCACUCCUCACCGCGCAGCACCGUUACAAAUGUCAAGCAUUGCUGAGGCCACACCUGGCUUUUCACCGACCGUUCUAGGAGGGUUCUAUGGACAGCAAGGGCAGAUUAGAUCACAGGUCGUGACAUAUCCAUCAACUAUCGCUGCGUCGUCAUCACUCACGCCUAUGACAGAGAACAUGAAUAUGAACGACUGGAAUAGAUACGCGGGUAGCGAAGGCUUGGACUAG